AUGGCGUCGAAGAGUGGUGAAAAAAGACAACGCGAGGAAGACGUCGAAAACGUCGAAAAUAAAAAACAAAAAGGAGAGAUGGGAGAAGCCGUAAAAAAACGGACCAUUGCAUUGGUGAGAAAAUUAUUUAAUGAAAAAGAUAGAGAGAAACGGGAACAAAAUAUUGCAACAAUUGCACAAAUGGUUGUCGCUAGAAAUGAUAAACAAUCGCAAAUAAAUAAACUAGCUGAAAUGGUUAAGAAAACAAAAACUUUAUAUAAAGGGAAACGUAGUUAUAAUAUAGAGGAUCGCGAUCUGAUAGAGUUAGCCGCACUUGUGCAAUCGCAUACGAAUGUUACCGUUCCAACGAAAGCUUUUUCGGUGCGUCAAAUACGCACCCAUCAACGUUUCGGUUAUACCGAAUAUAUAUGA